GUACAUUUCUUACAGCAUAAAAUGGUCUAAAAAUAAUUCGUGCCAAAUUUCGUGAAAGUAAACUCUGAGCCUUUGGCUAUGAAUAGGAGGAAUUCAUCGAAUUCUUUUUUAAUCGAUUUACUAAUCAGAAAAAGCUCCCACCUGAACUUUCAUAAUGCAAGGCGCGACGCAAUGCAUAAGUCACAAUAAAAUUUCAUGCUGAUUAGAAUAUUUGCACCAUUGAAUAGCGAAUUGGCGAGUCAGUAAGCUUACAAGUACAGUAGCGAUCAGUGCUACAUCUGUCUAGAAGAACGGGUUCGGAAGUAUCUACAAAUAAAAUUGUGUGAAAAUAAAAGUUUUUUUGUUAUUAUUUGAAGUUUGAUUAACUAAUAACAACAAAACACUUAAAAUGUUAUCGCGUCAUCUAAUCAAACACGAUGCAAUAGUAGGGUAUUCGUUGAGCUCAACGGUUUUAAGGGGGUAUGCAACAGCUAUGAAACAGAUGCAGGGAAAUGACACAGCGUCCACGCCGAACGAUUGGGAAAACGCGCGUCCAUAUUCAGAGCUGCAAGGACCAAGCAAGUAUGAAAUGAUUCGAGGAGUUUUACCAGGAGGAGUGUUCUAUAAGAAAACAUUUAUUGAAGGAAUGACCGGCAUGGCAAAAAAAUAUGGCGAUGUAUUCCGAAUUCCAGCCAUAUUCGGCAAACCCGAGAUGGUUUUGGAUUUUAAUCCAAAUGAUUAUCCAAUAAUAUUUCGAAAUGAAGGAAUUUGGCCAGAACGACGUUCUUUCGAAGCUUUCAUUUAUUAUCGUAAGGUGCAUAGAGAAGAUAUUUUUCGAGGCGUGACUGGACUAUUGACCACAACUGGCGAAGAAUGGGCAAAAAUACGUACCGCUGUUAAUCCUGUUCUAAUGCAACCCAAAAAUGCCAAACUUUACUUAAACACGUUAUUGGAAGUCAAUGACGAAUUUCUCGAAAGAAUACGUCACAUACGCGAUCCUUUGACACUCGAAGUUCCCGAUGACUUUCAAGAUGAUAUUAAUCGUCUCACUUUAGAGAGUGUGGUGGGUAUCGCACUAAAUACCCGUUUAGGCAUGAUACAUAACAACCGUGAUAAUCCGGAAAGUAAAAUAUUUUUGAAAGAAAUUCGCAAUUUAUUCGAAUUGUCGGAAAAGAUAGAAAUCAAGCCAUCCAUUUGGAAGAUAAUAAAAACACCGAAGUUCCAUCAACUGAUGAAAACAUUGGAUACGCUUACAGUGUUGUGCAACAAAUAUAUUGAUGAGGCGUUAAAACAAAUUGUAUUGGAUACUGAGGGAAAACUUACCUCAGAAGUCGAUAAGGAAAAAAGCGUUUUAGAAAAACUGUUACGUAUUGAUCGCAGAAUCGCUGUGGUUAUGGCUUUGGAUAUGAUAAUGGCUGGCGUCGAUACAACAAGCUCCACCUUAACGGGCAUAUUAUUUUGCAUUGCCAAAAAUCCGGAAAAACAACAGAAACUAUUCAAGGAAUUGAAAAAUAUUUUACCAAAUAAGGACUCCCGUUUGACUAUAGAUAAUAUGCAAAAUCUUCCAUAUCAUAUUGUAGAAACUUUGCACAAAUAAUUCCCUUGAAGAUUACCAGCUUAUGACCAAGAGCUGUCCAAAUCGAACUAUAGCUGUUUAAGCCCCUAGAUAUCGUAUAUGUGGACCCCAGUACCUAUAGUUGACUUUUUCCAAAAAUAUAUGUCAAUGUGUGAGACAUAUAAUUGAAAUUCAGAGAGAAUACUUCCCUGAUAAUAGUAUGUCUUAGUGUCAAAAAUGGGUUGAAUCGGGUCAAUACGUCAUUUAGCCCCCAUAUACCUAAUAUAAAGAUUGUCGAACUUCCGGGUGGCUUUAUACCGCAUAAAUCGGCCAAUAUGUGAGUUAUCUCAAUGAUAAUUAGAGAGCUUGUUUAAGUCGUAACAGUACAUCUUUGUUUCUAAAAUUGAUAAAAUUGGUAGAAAACUUGACCUUACCCCCAUUUAACUAAUAUUAGGAUUUUCGAACAUCCGGCUGACUUUACUCCAUACGAUAUGUGAGGUACCUGAAUGAAGCCCAGGGAGCAUUUUAUUACUCUGUACAAUGUUGGUAGUAUGUGGUAUUGGGAAAAAUUGGCAAUGACAAGUUUUGUUUUGUGUACUUUAGCUCAAUUUUACUAUUGUGAAUGUUUCAAAUGACAAAUAAAAAUAAAAAUUUCUUUUGUUUCUUGUAUUUUUAAAACUUAAGAUAUAAUAAUUUAUAGAAAACCAAAAUAAGGUGUUACAGCAAUGUUUUUUAACGCGGAAAAAUAAUUUCUGAACUAAGAAACUUAGUAUACAUGUUCGUUGUCGAAAAAGUAAGGACGUGUUCGCAGAUGGGUCUAAUCGGACCACUGCCAUUCGGCCAUUUUUAAUAUGCCUUGUAUCUGUAAUUUUUUUCAUUGUAUUCAGUAAUGUUUACAAUUUCAUCAUGGAAAUUGACACAAGAACAACGUUUACAAAUUAUUAAAUUUUAUUAUCAAAGUAAUCGGUUUCCAAUUGAAACUUUUCGUGCGCUUUUGGCAUU